AUGAAGGUGUUCACCGUGGGCCUCGACGACAAGGAGAAGGCCAAGAGCCUCGAUGAAAAGCUUGAAACCGGCUCGCUGGCGUCGAGCAGCUGCUCGGAGCCGCCGCUAAAGCCGGCCGCACAGCUGCCGGUGGCCACGCAGAAGAAGUGCAGGAGUCCAUUUAAGGGUUGCCUCGCGUGCAUCGCCGUCGUGUUCUGCGUGCUGCUAGCCGCCGUCGUGCUGUCCGAAUUGGCGUACGCUCGGCAUCGCGACGACCAAUUCCUGCGUCUGAAGUGGGCCGAGCUGAAGCAGCGCAUGAUCGGGCUGGACUUGUUGAGGGAGUCGCAGCUUCAGGCACAGCAAGCAGCGUUUGCGGCUGCACAAAAAUCGGCACAGGGGCUGAACAACGACCAACCGCCCGAGGUCAUCGACGAGCGCUUGGCCUUCUCCAAGCGGCUGGAGAAUGGGCACGAUCAGCAACCCCUGCACCAAGUCGACAACUCGGUAGAAUCCUCGAAGGAAGUCGAUGGAGACAUGCGCCUCGCCUUCCUCAAAGCGAUCCUCCAGAAGCUGAAGGCCGCCGCGACUGAUGGAGCCCUGCCGGGACCCGUUCAUGUGUCGGUGUUGGAGAUCAAGAAGCAGCCGCUGAUUGGGGAGACCGAGGACGAUCUGGAGGAGAUGCCCCAAAAUAUGGCGGACGGAUUCGGCGAAUGGGCCGCACCGUCACCAUUUGGAAAUGGCGACUGGCAGGAGCCUUCGGAGGGACGCCAGUUCGAUCGCUUCUCGUGGCGCGACAGAUUCCCGCAACAACAACAACAGCAACAGGUUGAGAAUUCCGGCGAAGGCCAGCCGUGGAUGUUCAACAACGACGGCCAGGCCGACGCUCCUGAGCGCCCGCAGCUCCGCAUCACGCAUCACUUCGACAAGGAAAACCCAAUGAUGCCCGGACGCAUCGUCACCGAACUUUAUGGAGAUGACGCCUCGGAGUUUGUCAAGAGCUUCAUGAACGCGCGCCGGCCAGACAUGAUGCAGCAACCAACCCAGCAGCAGCAGCGCUUCGCCGCCGAGUUUGGCCAGAAUUUCGGGACAAACUUUGGCCUGAACUGGGAGCGCGCCCAGGGCUUCGGGCAGCAGCCGCAACAACCACACUGGUUCCAGCAACAACAGCAGCAACAACAGCCGCAGCAGCCGCAGCAACCGAUGAACGCCUGGGAGCAGUGGCAGAACCAGUGGCAGCAACCACAGAUGCCCCAGCCUCAGAUGCCCGAUCAGGCGCAACCAGCCGACGCCGCCCAGAUGCCCUGGUACCACAACUGGAUCCAGGAGAACAAGCCCCAACAGCCAGCCAUCGUGCCCGACGCCGCCGAAGCGAAGCGCAUUGACGCCGACGAGCAGCCGGCCCGCUUCACCGACCUGAACGAGGAGGACCAAGGCGACGAUGGCUUUGAGCAGAAGGAGCAAUUCAACGUCCCGGCCGACAUCAUCGCCGAUGAGCGACCGGAGGUUGUCGAGGGGACGAAGCUAGAUGAAAAGCCGCAUUCCGCCGAGCAGCAGUCCUCCGUGGUGAACGAGCAGCCGGCUGCGGCCAUCGAUGUGCACCCAGUCCAGGAGCCCGGAAGCUCGGGCAAAUUCCUGCCCCUCCGCGACUCUUUCGACGACCCGCCACCGCCAGCGGCGGCCGCUCCUGAGAAGAAGGUGGCUGCGGAGCCCUCGAUUCCGGCCGAGGCUAUCUCCAACGAUGAUUCCUUCCAUGUCGACAAGAAUUCACCAUUCUUCCAGAUCGACGACCCGAGCAGCUUCGUCGCCAAAGCC